AUGGUUUCUACAAAUAAAAGUAAAGAAAAAGCAUCGAGCAGUCGGCAAAAAGCAACGACCGAAAAUAAUAAUCAAAUGGUUUUAUUGCGUGACGAGUCGUCACAAGAAUUGAUGGUUGUUGAUACACAUAAGGUAUCGUCUCUCAAUAAAAAAGCAAAAAUUGCAUCUGGUGUAAAAGUAACAUAUGAAGAUGAAUUGAAAAAACGAUCACGUGGUUUGGUUUUGAUUAUCGGAAAUGAAGGCGAGUGCUUACAAAUGAAGCAAACUGUCGAGGGAAAUGCUGAUAAAGAAAAUAGUGAUGUAUCUGAACCGGAAGACGCAUCACCAGAAGCAUCUCAAUCAACAAUCGAGCCAAAAACUUCUGAAAAGGUGAACGAAAAGCCAAAAGAUAAUGAAGAUGCAUAUGCAGAUGAACGCCAAAAACAACAACAGCAACUGGACAAAGAUGAGUUGGACGACAGUUUGAUAUCAUCUCAAAUCAUUGAUCAAGAAAACGAUGGGUCUACUCUAGCCGCAACAACUAACCAAUCUAACAGUUCAAAUAAUGAGCGUGGUAAAAAGCGAACACACGAUGAUUCUGAUGAAAACGUACAACAUCGAAAAAGGCGUUUGAACGGUUCAACAAUGGUAUCUUUUUCAACAUAUGCAAGUAAAGAAAAAGAAUGCGUGGCGCUUCAAGCGCAAAUUGCCAAAUAUGAACAAGAAUGGAUGCCACGUCCCAAAGAUCCCAAGGUUAUUCAAUACUUGAUCGAGAUAACGAAUAUCUUAAACCAAAACAAAAACAAUGAAGAAGAAGACCUUGGUGAUGCUUUGGAAAAUAUCAUGGGACAUCUGGAAAUCAAUGAACAUGAUUUACAAUUAUGUCAUGGUCGUUCUGCAACUGUAACAGCCAGACAUAUCAUGAAGUUUAAAUAUCCGAAUCCUGAUGAUAAUUGUACAAUAAGAAACAUUGGCGAAGCAGUUAUACAAGCAAUAAUUAGUCAAAGAUAUAUUUCGACUAUAUCAGCUCAUGCUUUAGCUCGUUAUCAUGCUAGUGUAAGUGAAGAGAUUGUUUUGUCAACAUCAGAUACGCAAAUGUUUGAAUCGCAUGAUGAUGCCGACGAUGAUGAUCGAAUACUGAGACCAGAGGAAGAAAUCGAUAGUGGUGAAGUUGAUAUGGACACAGAUGUACCUUUGGAUGCUUUUGACGAACUACAACUAGAAGCAGAAGCUGACGUUGAUGAAAUGGAAGAAGAUGAAGCGAAAUUUUCUUUUGUGAAUGAUGACAGAAGUGAUGCAGAAAGUCGACCUUCGUCUGAGAGACCAAUUACUAUGAAGGAUAUUGCUUGUCUGCUUGUACUAUUCAAACGACGCCAUAAGCUGUCGAUUCAAUGUAUUUCGGAUCUUCUCGCAUUAUUAUCACUCUUUGGCAUUAGAGAUAUACCUCGGUCCUGGUAUCACUUGAAAUGUUUGGUUGAACCUAUCAAUCCAUCGCCUUCGUAUUUUUUUACCUGUUCAAGUUGUCAGUCAGCAUCUAUGGAUUCACGGAAAUGUUCGAAUUGCCAACAUGAUAUGCCGUCUGACUCAUACCAAGACACGUUCGUAACCUUCUCAAUAAAAGAUCAAAUACAAUUGGUAUUAAAUAAUAACUCUGGUAUUGAUUUGUUUUCUUCUUCUACAAAUUGCGCACUCAGUGAUGUCACGAACGGCCGAUUUUAUAAACAAUUAAAGACACUUUGCUCUGAUCAUUUUCUUACACUGACAAUGAAUGUCGAUGGAGUACAAGUUAAAAAAGGAUGCAAAACAUCUAUCUGGCCAAUAUUGUUCGCUCUGAACGAAAUUCCUUCAAGUAAACGCUAUAGUGUUGAAAACACAAUCAUCGGUGGAAUAUGGUUGGGAGUUCAUAAGCCUUCUCGAUGGCAAAUGAAAUCAUUUCUGUCUCCGGUUAUUGACGAAUUAUCUCUACUGGAAAAGGGACAUACAUACGUUUAUUUUCGAAACUCAUCGAAAGAACAAAAUCAACUUACAAAAGUAUUUCUGAUCGCCGCUUGUUGUGAUAAGCCUGCUCAAGCUCUUCUCCAAAACUUACCAGAACCUAUUGCUGCAUUUGGUUGUGGUAGAUGUGAAAUACAAGGUAUAUGGUGA